AAUUUCGCUUCAAUGCACCAAAACAUCUUCUGAGAGAUUUGGCUCAACACUGUACCAAAGAGGCCAAGAUCCUACCUCUGGACAAACAAUAAUCAAACAUUUCAUCUGUGAGAUCAUAGGAUCACAACCAGCUGCAGACCAUUAGACAGAUCAGUUGUUUUUCAUUGUUGUAGUCCAGUCCUUCAAAGAGUCUCCACCAGAUUUCAUCAUUUUGAUCAAGACAUGGCUUGGAAAUUGAUCAAGGCUUUUGUUUAUUUGUCAAUGUGUGUCACCUCUGCUGUGGGUAAUGAGCAAGCAUCCCAAAAGAAGUGUGCUGACUUCAACAACACCACUUGGCUGCAAUACAAACAGGGCACCAAGCUCAGGGUUCAGUACUUUCUUCUUACACGAAAUAAUGCAGACUGUGCCAGCCUCUUCACACAGGACUGCCUCAACCACACCCAGAAACACACAGCUUACUUCAACUCCUCACUCCCCACCAAAGUCAUAGUUCACGGAUACAGGCCUUUGGGCAGUAAGCCUUCCGGGAUGAGUGACUUAGCCAAGGCUCUACUGCGAGAAGAGGACAUUAAUGUUCUGGUGGUCGACUGGGACUUUGUAGCCUCCUUUGCUUAUAACCUGGUGGUAGAGAACUACAAGGAGGUGGCAGUCCAGAUUUCAGAGCUCAUCAAUAAGCUUACGAAACAUGGAAGCACACUAGAAUCUUUCCAUUUGAUUGGUAUGAGUCUUGGAGCACAUGUGUCUGGAUUUGUUGGGACCCUAUUUAAAGGCAAGCUGGGUCGAAUUACAGGUCUGGACCCAGCAGGCCCGAUGUUCAAGAAGGCUGCUCCAUUUGAUCGUCUGGAUUCAUCUGAUGCUUUAUUUGUUGAGGCCAUUCACACUGACUCUGACCAGUUUGGUAUAUCUAUUCCUGUUGGGCAUGUGGACUUCUUCUUAAAUGGUGGAAUGGACCAGCCCGGUUGUACACAUUUAGAGCUUGCUUCAAUGUAUGAUUAUGUCACUUGUGACCACAUGAGGGCACUGAACGUCUACACUAGUGCCCUGAACCGCUCCUGUUCGCUUAUUGGUUUCCCCUGCUCCAGCUUUGAGAAAUUCCUGGCAGGAAAAUGUAUCACCUGUGAGGGCCCCUUCACUGGCACGUGCCCACAGAUAGGCUUGUUAAAGAACAGUGGGAUAACAGCGACUCCCCUGCCAAAUCAAGAAAAUGUCUAUCUCCUGACCACUGCUACGGCUCCUUAUUGUGCACAUCACAUCUUAGUGGAAUUGAAGGUUACCCCUUUAGACAAGAAUGCUGAUGUUGAGCUCACCCUGAUCACCGUGGGACACCUUGAGACCGAGCUAAAACUCAAACUAAAUAAGGAUGAAAUGGUAUAUAAAAAGGUGACCGCACACCCGGCACAAUUGUGUAAAAUUGAUUCCGUGCAGGUGAAAAACACAGGAGCACGUUUCUUCAGACAAGGAGAUAUUCAUUUUGCCUAUAUCUGCAUCUCUGAAAUUCCUCAAACCAGAGGGCUGGAUCCAUUAUGCGUGAAGAACAUUAAUAUUGGACGGGGAGUACCAUGGUCACAUGACUUUGUACAGGUGUGCUAAAUAAAAAAUAAAAAACACACAAUCGACUUGAGAGCUUAUACAUUAACCAGCUUUUAAAGUCUUAAAUUAGUGAAACUCAAGCAAAGGUCACACACUAAAACUUUGCAUGGGAGGCAUACACAAAGACAUAAAUGGGAUACAAGGGGACUGAAAUGCUUAAACUCUGUUAGAUAUAAUUGUUUUCACAAAACAACUUGUUUGGAGUGUUGCGACACUUCAGGUACAUUUAAAUAUUUUGGCACUCUAAUUGUGUUUGUAGCUCCACACUCAGUUGGCAGGAGUGUUUCUAACUGCAUACUUGAUCAAACAAAUUUAAAUCUGUUCAUUUACAGUUAAGUCUUCUCUGCUUUGAAAUCUUAAGAAUUACAUUUUGAACCCAGCACUUAACAAUUGGCCCCAUGAAAAUAUUUUCAUAACAUUGUCAGUAUACAGAAGAUG